GACUCCCAAGACCCGCCCACACGUGGCCAACCUUUUUCGUUUUUAAUGCUUUUUCACUGCAGGUUCAUGUGUUGAGACCAACCUUAUAUGGACUGAUCAGUCUGGUAAUGGCUUAUUUCCCCCUUAUACCCAGCAGUAGCGCGAUAUCCAUGAGCUAGAUAUAGCACUUCAGUCACUUUGGCAUUCUUCUUGGACUUACAGAACUGAUUUCUCCGCUACUUUUUUUCAGUGAACGGUGAACGACCGAGCCUCAUGCGUCGACUUCAGUUUACUUCGCGCUGAAACGGCACCGAUCUUGCAUUCACCAAAUCCCAUCUGUGUUUUGUGUCUUAAUACAGAGGAUUGGCAAACUGGUGCGGCAACUUUCCUGCAUCAAAUCCCUGUCGCUGAAACAUGUCGUUGACCAACACAAAGACGGGCUUUUCAGUGAAGGACAUUUUGGACCUCCCUGACACUAACGAUGAAGAAGGAUCUAUCACCGGGAACGAGGAAGAUACGGAGGGUUCGGAGGCGACCAAAACGCCUGGAGUGUUAGUGCAAAGUCCUUUAGAGAAUGUUCAAAAUCUUCCUUUAAAGAAUCCUUUCUACGAUAGUAGCGACAAUCCUUAUACCAGAUGGCUCGCAACUACGGACAGCAUCCAAUACUCUUUGCACGGUUUAUCAGCAAACUCUCAAGACUCGUCUGCAAAAUCCCCGGAACCUUCUGCAGAUGAAUCGCCGGACAACGACAAGGAAACUUCAAGCAACGGCAGUGACUCUGGUAAGAAGCGCAAAAGGAGGGUGCUCUUCUCCAAGGCGCAAACUUACGAACUCGAGCGCCGGUUUAGGCAACAGAGAUAUCUGUCAGCGCCAGAGAGGGAGCAUCUCGCUAGUUUGAUUCGUCUGACGCCGACCCAAGUGAAAAUCUGGUUCCAGAACCACCGGUACAAAAUGAAGAGAGCCCGGGCCGAGAAAGGUAUGGAAGUGACCCAUCUCCCUUCUCCUAGGCGGGUGGCCGUGCCUGUUUUAGUAAGGGAUGGCAAACCCUGUCAUACGCUAAAAGCUCAGGACUUGGCAGCCACUUUUCAGGCAGGAAUACCGUUCUCCGCUUAUAGCGCCCAAUCUCUCCAGCACAUGCAAUAUAACGCGCAUUACAGCGCCGCCACCACACCACAGUUUCCCACAACACACCACCUGGUGCAAACGCAACAGUGGACUUGGUGAACAAAUACUGACUUGCAAACGUUGGGCUGCAUUUAAAGACCACAAUAGGGAGCUUUCCAAACAAAAAUACAGGACUUUUUCUUUUUUUGCAGCUUGGCCCAUUCUCAUUCUCAGUUUAUUUUGGGGAUUGACGUGUGCGCCAUGUUUACAUGUUUUCGUUAAGAAAACUGGGUCAAGCCUCUCCCCAAAUUUAAGAAUGUUAAAGCUCUUGUGAAAUUUUGUAAAGUAUGUUUGUGUGUUGUAGAAAUGUUUUCUUUUUGUCCUUCGUGUUUCAAGC